AUGCACCCAGCUGUAUGGAUGAAUAAAUCGACAUUACAUGAAGGAAGCACAGCUUCAAAUCAUGCUGAUGAACCACCUGGAACACCGCUCGAUAUUUUGAAGGACAUUUGGACUCCACCUGCUAAAACACAAGGGCGAAAUAAGCCAGAGCAAUCUGAUAUAGACAAUGAUUUGUAUAACAAACAUCAAAACGACUUUCUAGAUAAUGACAAUCUGGCACUCUUCAUUGAAAGGUUCAAUAAGGGCUUGAAGGUUAACACAACAAAUGAUCUGCCUUCAUAUACUGAUAUCGACCUUAUAGGCGAUGUACAGCACUCCCCUCAACCUCCCGAUGUCUUUCAAGAUUUCAUUCACGGCAACGACGCUCACAAUAAACAUCAUGGGAAGAACGACGAUCUUGAUUUUGCUCAGCACGACGCUGAUUGGCAAAAAUCUGGUCAACCAGUGGAGGGAUUACUACACAAAGUAGAAGAAACACACGCCAACGUUGAUCUCUUGAAGAUUCACUCCUUCUACGACGACAUCGAGACCCUCUUUCAAAAAUGCCAAUAUGAUGACAAUAAGCUGUUAAGUCAUAGCGAUAACAAAUUCAAUAUCGAACCUUUAGAAGCAAACAGAAAAGGCGAAACUAAGGCUGCACAAUCCCUUAUCACAAUUGAAGAAAUCAACCAGUUGGUAUACCAGACACAACCAGCUCAAAAAAUAACUAACCAGACAAUCAAAAGUCAAUCGCUGGAAAAAAGUAACAGCGAUGUUGAAAGGUCUGCACAAGGCGAUCAAAAUAUAGACUUUAGCGAUGAGUUCAAUACACUGGUACAAGAAUCAUUCAAAACAGUUAUAACUGAUUAUAAUAUACCCAAAGAUGAAUCAAAAAACGGUUCGGGGGGUGUUGGUGAGUUUACAAACAGGGACACAGAUGUAGAAAAAAAUGCUAUCUUACAACAAAUACAUCAAUGGGCAUAUAAUGACGCAGAAGAACUCAGGGAUGUACGUGCGUUAUUGUAUACGGUAGGAAAUGUACUCUGGAAUGGUGCGAAAUGGACACCAAUGGAUAUAACUAUAUGUGCCUGCGACAAAGAAAGUUGCAAAAAAUAUUAUAAAAAAGCAAUGCUAACUUGCCAUCCAGACAAACAUAAUGGCGCAGAAUGGCGCACCAUGCUCAGGGCAAAACAUAUCACACAGGCACUGCAAGCAGCGUGGGCCAGACUAACGUAA